AAAUCAGAUUUACUUGGAAAUGGACGUGGAACGUUUAAUGCAAGAUUUGUCGGUCCCUCAACUUCAGAAUAUUCAUUCAAUGUUGAAAUGGAAGAAAAGAAAGAAGAAUUACGACAAAUGGUAGGUCGUCGAUAUCGAGAUGUACUUGAAGCUUCAAGUGCUGUUCAACGUGUUUCUCAAAUAGCUGACACGUUUGCAAAAACAGUUCAUGAUAUUCGUCUUGUUGGCGCGGAAAGAAUGGCUACCAAAUAUUCAGAAAUCUCGGUUAUAGUUAUUCAGCGAAUUUUGGCAUUAAAUAAGUUUUCUUCUAUGAUCGACCAUUUCAGUCCAUUGUCGAAUGCAUUUUUAAUGUUAGUCAUUGAAAAUAUUCAUCGAUAUUUAUGUACGGAUACAUAUCAGACGGACGAUUUAAGGCGUUUCACAAAAUAUAUGUCACGGAAAUUAUUCCGAAAAAGAUUAAGGCUUGAAGAGGAAUUAGUUAAUAAAAUUAGUUUAUUAUCAAAUAUCGAUGAUGUUGUUAACAAUUUAUCUGCAAUUAUUUUAUUAACAAAGAUUUCAUUCGAAAAAUUAAUUGAAUUGUUCAUGGAGAGGAAAUUAAGUGCUAUAAAUAAAAAUCUACUCGAUUCGCCUUCACUGAUUGAUAUAGUUUGGAAUAUUCGUUUAUCACUUCAAUGUAUGAGGGAAAUUUUUAUGAAUGGAAAACUCGUUAAUAAUUUACAAAUGAUAGCUGCUGAUGGAUGGAUGCCUAGUUCGUUUUGCUGCAACACAGAAAUGAAAUUAUCAUUUUUUGUUUCAUUUUUUAAUCCUAACUUUAUAUAA